UAUGAUUAGUUUCAUUUUCAAAACCUCUCUUGCAUCCUUAUCAUGUUUUGUCCAACUUCAACCCCUUUGCUUUAAUAAUUUAUAUAAACAUAUUCCCUUUCCCACUUCAAACCAACCAACCUAAGAAGAUAGGAGGGUUUGGUUACUUGGGACACAAGAAACAAAAUGAGUCUCAGUUGCCUUACCUGCAGCCAAGUUCUACAAAGAACAGACUCAUUUAGAGAAUUAUUCAAAGAAAAAGAAAAUGAAUAUAGGGGAAAUCGCAAGAAAGUCGAAAGAACUUGGUCCGGGAAUAUCCCUCCACCCAACAAAGAAAUGACCAAAGGUGGGGCUGUGUCCAAGCUUAAGGUGAAUCAUCGUCGCAAUCAUAGUACUGGAAAUAUUCCUUUUUCGGACAUGGCUGAACCGAAAUUGGUGAGGAGUAGUGGAAUGAGAAGAGAUUGGAGUUUUGAGAAUUUGGAUGAACAACAAGACCAAGGUGUGACUUGCCAUUGAGAUGAUUAGAUCAACGAACAUUAUUAUCACAUUGGUUUUUCUGAAUUGUGAUACUUUGA